AUGGCGUCGAUGUGGAUGUCGGAUUCCCAGAAGAUUGGGGUCAUUUUCUGCUCUGGUGGAGGUUUCUUCCUCAUCGGAGGAGUGAUGCUCUUCUUUGACCGAGCCAUGCUUGCCAUGGGAAACAUCCUCUUCCUGAUCGGCCUGACGAUAAUCAUCGGACCGCAAAAGACGCUCCUCUUCUUCGCGCGUAAACAAAAGGCAAAGGGAACGGCGGCCUUCUUUGGCGGUCUCGCCCUGAUCCUGUUGCGAUGGCCCCUUAUCGGCUUCUGUGUUGAGCUCUACGGCAUAAUGGUUCUUUUUGGUGACUUUUUGGGCACGAUUGCGGCGUUCGCGAGGAACAUACCCGUUAUUGGACCGUACAUUGGGGUCGCGGUCGACCGGUCUGGUGUUGGUCGACGAAACGCGGAGCUGCCUGUCUAG